AUGGCUCCAACCACCUACUUCAACUGGGACACUAUUCAAAUUUCAAACCCCUUCAAUGAAGUCAUGCAGGAAGAAGUAACACCAAACCUUCAACACCUUUUCUCCUACUCAGAUGAAAGCCCUUUUCUUUCAAACGGGCUUUUCGAGACAAACAUACACCCUUCAGAUAUUCACCCUCCUUAUGAUUCCUUUGUUUCUCUUACUCAUCCUGACAGUUUUCCAAUUCAAGAAGAUUACCAUCUUCCACCAUGUCCUAAACGUCAAAAGCUAUCCCAUGAAAGAGAAAUCCACUCCUCAACUCAAGACUUUACUACACAAACAGUGCUUCAAUCCGAUUACGUAGAGGGGUUUGUUGUGCCUUAUGAUAAUUGUUAUUCCUCGCAUACAGAGGAGCUGAAACAACACUUCUACUGUGAGUUUCCACCACAAUGUGUGGAUUUUCAGUUUGAGAAAAAAGGAAAUGAAAAAACCAUAUCUCCACAGAGCGUAGCAGCACGUGAAAGAAGAAGAAAGAUCGCUGAGAAGACCCAAGAGCUUGGGAAGUUGGUUCCUGGAGGACCAAAGAUGAACACAGCUGAGAUGUUUCAUGCAGCUGCAAAGUAUGUGAAGUACCUUCAAGCCCAAAUUGAGAUGCUGGAACUCAUGCACUCCCUCGAGGAGAAGGAGAAAGCAGGAGUUGGGUCUGAAACGCUACGGGGUCUGGUUGUGUCUCCGUUUGUUGAAGAGAAGUUAUACAGAGAGGAAAGGUGCUUGGUGCCAACACAAAUCAUCAACACAUUCACAAAUCUUCAACAUCUUCAAUCAAGCCCCACCAUCCUCCACGAUCUUAAGCACCUUCUCAUUGCGUCAAACACUGAGAAGAAAGCAAAGCAAGAAUGA